UCCACCUAACCUCCCUCCCUCCCGUCACACGAACGGCGACCCAACUCCUCGUCCUCGGACCUCGGGGAGGGAGGAUUAGGAAACCAGAGCCUCGGCCUCGCCUCCAACCACACCCCACGUCUCCCUUAUAUACGUGCGCAGCCCCACCCCCGGCGGCCGGCCGGCGGCGACUGAUCGAGGGAAUGGUGGUGCUGCCGGGCGGCGCGGAUGGCGGCGGCGCCCCGGCGGGGUCGGGAGGGCCGGCGAGGGUGAAGGGGUCGUGGACGCCCGAGGAGGACGACCUGCUGCGGCGCGCCGUGACGCGCCACGGCCCGCGGAACUGGAGCGUCAUCAGCGCGGAGAUCCCGGGCCGCUCGGGCAAGUCGUGCCGGCUGCGGUGGUGCAACCAGCUCAGCCCCGGCGUGGAGCGCCGCGCCUUCACGCCGGAGGAGGACGCCCUCAUCGUCGCCGCGCACGCGCAGUACGGCAACAAGUGGGCCACCAUCGCGCGGAUGCUGCACGGCCGCACCGACAACUCCGUCAAGAACCACUGGAACUCCACGCUGCGCCGCCACCGCAGGGCCGCCGCCGCCGCGGCCAACGGCGGCGCGCUGCCGCUGCGGCCGCUCGCGGCGGCCGCGGGUCCUCCUCCCGUCCCGCUCCGGCAUCUGAAGCUGGCGGACCCCGAGGAGUCGGCGCCGGCCUCCGUCGUCCCGUUCCAGCCCCUGGAUCUCAAGCGGGAGGAGGACGACGACGAGGAAGACGAGGACGAGGACGGAACCAGCGAGGACUCCGUGCUCAUGGCGCCGCCCAAGAAGCGGCCUUGCCUCGGCGCCGCCCACACUCAUCCUUCUCUGAGUGCAGCGAAGCAGCCGGAGCACACAGAGCCUCAGCCACCGACCCCGGCCGCCGAACCGGUCACGUCGCUCACCCUCAGCCUGCCAGGCGGCGGCGGCGGCGGGACUGUCUCCGAGACCCCGGCACUGCGCGGCGCUGCGGCGUCGGCGGCGUCGACCGUGGAUGGAGCUGCGAAGAUGCGGGCGAAGCUGGAGCAGGACUGGCCGCGGCUGCUGCCCGUGAUUCGGCAGAUGAUCGGCGAGGAGGUGCAGCGACACCUGCAGGGGGCGAACGUGCAGGCCUGCUCGCUCGUCGCGUCGCCAGCGGGCAGGGCCGGCGCCGGCGCCGCCGACGGCCAGGACUGAUCGACAUGGUCGGCGUGCGUUUUCCGACGAUCGGCGGCCGAGUUCCGCCACCAUCUAACCCCUUUGUUGUUUAAUUUCUUGGUUCAUCAUCGCAUGAACAAUGUCCAUCACCAUCAUCAUAGGUAGGAUAGAUCUCAAUUAGAACAGUUCGCAUGAACAAAAAAAUUUUACCUACUCCUGCUAGCUAGCAACAGUAAUCCAAGCAAGU